GUCUAUAUGAGCUGUAUAGAGAGUCAGCUCUCUGUGUUUUGAGACACAGCCUGUGUAGGUCACAGCACCGUGUCACCACUGAGGUCGCUGUUAUUCCUGUGGAUUUCAGGCUGAAGUCGGACACACUUUAGAGGAAGGACAGCGGUUUUGAAAAAGGGAAUAUUUCACAUCGAGGGAAUCUGUCACCGCUAACCGGGAUAAUCUGUCGCUUCUGUGUCCAUAAAGGCAGCUUUUCUUGCCGGACUUACAGAUAAUAGCUGCGGUGUAGCUACGGGCUGCAAUGGAGGAUGGGAAGCCUGUGUGGGCGCCCCACCCAACUGACGGGUUCCAGUUGGGCAUAAUAGUGGAUAUCGGUGCGGAUGCCCUCACCAUAGAACCUCUCAAUCAGAGAGGAAAGACAUUCCUGGCACCCAUCAGUCAAGUCUUUCCUGCUGAGGACGAUGUCAACAAACAUGUUGAAGACAAUUGUUCUCUUAUGUAUUUAAAUGAGGGCACUCUUCUAAACAACAUCCGUGUUCGUUACAGCAAAGACUUGAUCUAUACGUCUGUGGCUAACAUCCUGAUUGCUGUGAACCCGUAUUUCGACAUCCCUAAACUCUACUCCCCAGAGACCAUUAAGAGCUAUCAGGGACGCUCUUUGGGGACACUUCCCCCUCAUGUCUUUGCUGUUGCGGAUAAAGCCUACAGAGACAUGAGGGUUCUGAAGAUGAGUCAGUCCAUCAUUGUGUCCGGUGAAUCGGGUGCUGGAAAAACAGAAAACACAAAGUUUGUUCUCAGGUAUUUAACCACAUCUUAUGGGGACAUGUCAAGAUAUAGAUGA